AUGUCCGGAUCAGGAAACAGGGAACAAGUCUUCCCCACUCGUAUGACUUUAGGUCUCAUGAAGGGUAAACUGAAGGGAGCUCAACAGGGUUACUCCUUAUUGAAGAGAAAGUCUGAGGCUCUUACCAAGAGAUUCAGGGAGAUUACGCGUCGAAUCGACGACGCCAAAAGAAAGAUGGGACGAGUUAUGCAAACAGCAGCUUUCUCUCUUGCUCAGGUGACAUAUGCAACGGGCGACAAUAUUGGAUAUUCAGUCCAGGACUCAGUCAAGAGCGCCAGAUUCCAGGUGAAAGCCCGUGAAGAGAACGUAAGUGGUGUUCGUCUUCCCCAAUUUGAGACCCAUAUCAACGAAGAUAUCAAUGAUUUCAAGAUGACAGGACUGGGACGAGGUGGUCUUCAGGUCCAAAAGGCUGCAGAAGUAUAUACGAGUUCGGUGGAGACAUUGGUGGAAUUGGCUUCAUUGCAGACUGCUUUUAUCAUAUUGGAUGAGGUUAUCAAGGUUACGAACAGACGUGUGAACGCUAUCGAACAUGUUGUCAUUCCCCGUACAGAAAACACCAUUGCAUACAUUAACUCGGAACUUGACGAGCUUGAUAGAGAGGAGUUCUACCGACUGAAGAAGGUUCAAGAGAAGAAACAACAACAAACUGCUUUGCAGGAUGCCGAGGCUGCUGCAAAGAAGGCCCAAUUACUGGAAAAGAAAGCCAAUGAUAAGUUGGAGGCAGACCAGAAGGCCGAAGAAAACAAAGAUAAUGAAGCUAGUGAGCAAGCUAAAGCGGAGUACGAUCCUGAGGAAGAGGCUAGACAGGUUUCCAAGUUCAUAGAUGAACCGGCUGAUGAUCUUACUGCCCAACAGGAAGAGGAUAUCAUUUUUUAG